AUGUUAAAACGGGGAGCACGCCGUAAAAACAAAAACACAUCUAGUGUCUACACAAACAUUAAAGACAACUAUGAUAUCCGGACCAGAAAAUACAUCAAACGCUACCAAAACGGCCUACAACAAAUCACCAGACUGGCGGAAUCCACGAAAUUUCUGGAGACGUGCAGAAGAAGUGGCUUAACACCAAAUUUCAUCAGCAACGCCACCAAAAAUAUCCUCUACACAAUCAACAACAACACCAGCAACAACCGAAUACCAACACAACUCUCAAACGCAGUGAUGGCUUACAUCAAUAAAGUGCAACUAAAACUGGUAAACCUUAUCAUCAGAAUAAAGCAUUCACUCCGUCGACAAAUAGUAAAAGAGGUAAAUAGGCUAGAAACGCUAAUAACACAACAACUCAACAUAAAUGAUUCCACCGUAUUUUUCGAAAGUGAGAAAUUAUUAACAAAUAAACUCACAACAACAAUUAAGAAGACACAAACCAAAAAAUAUGAAAAACUAAAGCAGAAACAAAAACAGUUACUAAACAUUAGGGUGAUACCAGAAUGGUUUUGUAAUAAGACAACCAUAAAUAUACCAAUAGAUAUCCAGUGGCUUUUAUCUUUUGGUCCAAAAUAUGCCUUACCAACAGAAAAUAAAAACUUUCCACUAUUUCAAUUUAUAGCAGACGGAGAAAACUGUAUACAAACAAUUACGGACAAAGAAAAACAAGAGAUUGAAAGAAAUAACUUGACGACGCUAAUACGCGACCACCUUAACAAAACGACGACUUCUAUGAGAGACAAAUUUAUAAGUGACACCCUAGGUUCCACAAAGAAAUUCCUGAAUAAUAAUAAACAACUCUUAGUCCUCAAUGCUGAUAAAGGAAAUGUAACGGUAGUAAUGGAAAAAUCUGAAUAUGAUGCAAAAAUGCAAGUAUUGGUGAAUGACAUAACCACUUACAGAGUUUUAAAACGCGACCCGACGAAUAAAUUACAGGACAAGAAUAAUGGCAUAGUGGAAAGAAUGUACAAUAACAAAAUCAUUGAUUUGAAUGAAAAGAAUUCCCUUAUGUGUAAAACGGCUAACCCACCGAGAAUUUAUGGAUUGCCGAAAAUCCAUAAAGAUGGCACUCCACUCAGGCCUAUUUGUUCGUCCGUCAAUUCUCCGUCGUAUAAUUUAUGUUAA